AUGGCUCAGAGUGCAAGUUUGUCACAGAGUGCAAGUUCGUCAAACAUUGAAUCGAACAAUGAGAAUGGUGUUCUUUGUAAUUGUAACCGAACAACUAAGAUUGUGAGAGUUUGGACUAAAGACAACCCUGGACGGAGGUUUUAUGGUUGUCCAGACCAGAAACCAAAUGGAUGGCAACAUCUAGCUUUGGUAGAGGCAAGAGAUAUAAUGCGGGAACAAAAAGAGGAGAUUAAGAACUUAAAGGAAGAAGUAAGGAAAUUGAGUCGGGAUACUGAGGGUGUGCAAGACCCAACUGCAGUAAAGGAAGAGUUGAAGCAAACUGGGAAGAAUUGGCACUUGGAUUCAUGGUUGGGAUAUGGAAGCAGCAUUAACAACCUUGGAGAUCAAGAAUUGUGA